CGAGCCGGCUCUCGGUGUGAGUUCUAUUAACCCAAAGUUCAAGGUUAGAGAAAGAUUAACGAGAGGCUGCGUUUCUUUGCCUUGUUUUUGGGGUAGUUUAUCAACCACCCCAUCCACACCCCCCCACCUCGCCGGGUCUCGUUGUGGCACAGCAGCAAACCCGAAGCUUUUCGGUUUUCCUCUUUAUUUUUUAGCGUUGGGCUGUUUUUCCUCCCCCCAUUUCACUGAAUUCUCCCUAAAAUUCCCCAUUUUCCGGCUUAUUGGGAUCGUUCCGUUUUUCUCUCUGUAUGAGCCAGGUUCAUAUUUCCCUCUUUUAAGUGAUUUCGAGGCAAAACUUGCCGCUGUUUCUCCGUCUCGUCCAACCCUUUUCCUCCUCCUCCUCCUCUUCUUCCUCCUCCUCCUCUCUCCUACGUCACCUCCCUAUCAAGCUCCUCACCUGCCCGCAUUGCAUUACACAUCACUCCUCAACGAAGCUCGUGGAAUUCACUUCGAGUUCUGACCCUCUUUCAUUUUGACCCGAAAACCAAGAUUCCGAAACUCAAUCCGAAUCCGGGAUCUAUCAGCUCAGGGAGCAGCUCGCUCCGCUUUAAUGCACGAUGAUAACAGCGCUCCGGUUCUGCUCCGUCCUGAUGCUGCUGUUCUCGAAGGUUCAUUUGGGAUCUGCUGUGCCAGUGAAGAGGACGCUCCUGGAGAGCAAGAAGUGUCCUAUGGGCACCUAUCUUGCAAAUGUCUCCAUCGGGUGCCUCCCCUGUAAGAAAGAUGAAUUCACUGAGUAUCCAAACGACUUCCCUAAGUGCCUGAGCUGCCGGACGUGUAGGGAAGGUAUGAGCUGGUGUGUGGGUUGUUAUCAAAGCUGUAUAAGGGAGGAUAUCCAUCCUAAGGAGCAGCUUGGGCUGGGUGUGCUUGGAUUGGAGGGAGCUGGCUGCAUCCUGACCCAUUGCUUUUAUCUUCCAGGGGAUGGUGGGGAGCUGAGCAGGAAGCCCGGUGUCGUGGUGAACAGACUGUUGCAGCAGUUGGGGAUUCAGGACAACAGUUGCAAUGAGCAGAUCUACCAGAAGCAGCAGCAGCAGCAGCAGCUGCUCGCCCCAAUUGAGGGCUCAGAGGUUCCCCGUGGUGUGGAGCUGGAGCACAUGGCACCAAGAAUCUCAGUUCCCUGCGUAGAAACCCAGAAGAAGCUGGUUCCAGUGCCAGGAGAGGACCCCAUAACCCUUUUGCGUCGCUCUUUCGACACCUUUGUUAACGUGGUGCCCUUCCCAGAAUGGAAGAGAUUCGGCCGAGCCCUCGAUCUGCUGGAAAACGACCUUUAUUUGGCAGAGCAGCACGACAGAGGCUCACGGGAGCCCUUCUAUCAGAUGCUCAACACGUGGCUCAACAAACAAGGUGACAAAGCCUCUGUGAAUACACUGCUGGAGACCCUACCUCGCAUUGGCCUUAAUGGUGUGGCGGUCAGAAUCGCCUCCGAACUCAUUAAGGAGGGUUAUUUCCAGUAUGAAGUGAGCUGAGAACAGCCAGCCCUAUGUCUCCCCAUCUGGAAUUGAAGGUGAUUUAGUGUAGGGUUUUUAGAGUUAGGGUUCUGGAUAGGCUACGGUUGGACCUGAUGAUCUUCAAGGUCUUUUCCAACCUGGGUAAUUCUAUGAUUCUAUGUGAAUUGCUCUGAGAACCCUUCCCUUGACCUCGGUGAUAGUAUUUUAUCCUGGCUCCUUUCACCCGGAGCCGUCGCACAGUUCAGCUGAGCCUGGAGGAGUUGAUCCCAUUGGGAAGCAUUUGGGGUCUUCUCUGCCACACUCAGCAUUGGUGCUGCCUUAUGGAAGCCAAGUGAGUGCCUUGAUUUCAUUUGGCCAACGCAACGAGCCAACAGCUCUUCCAAGCUGCCUUUGAGAUCAUCUCAUUAGCAAGCACUGAUUUUUAUACAGACCUCAGCUCGGUGCAGACACUCGCUGUUUCUAACUGGAUCCAUUUUUUAAUGUUUUUUUAAUGUAUAUUUUUAGUGUUAUUUUUGCUUGUAGAACAUCUCUAAGUCAACCGUCGUGCUUAUACUGCAUGCUUGGUGGGUGAGCAUCUCUGGGGCUCUUGGGUUUCCCUCUGCAGUCUGUUUAGAGUUGCAUUCGUAGCUAGUUCUGCUUGCCCUUAGGAGUAGACACAAGACUAUAUAGCAGUGGGGUUGGAACUGGAUGAUCCUUAAGGUCCCUUCCAACCCAAGCCCAUGAUUCUAUGACUGUAAAGAGAUGUGGGCUUGAUCCAUUGGCACCGAGGCUGCUGAUAUAAGGUUGUAGAGCCUGGUUGGGUUCGUUCCCAUUACCAGAGCUAUGGGAGCACCCAGCUGGCUGGGUUGCACCUCCACCUCCAGGGAUAACACACAGCUCAGGGAUGAGGUGCUGCAGCCUUAAUGCACCCCUUGGCUGGGCAAUGGGGGCUGCAGCCCAACACCAGGAGCUCCCCCUGUGCAGGCACAGGGUUGUGGACAGCCCCCUCUGCAACCCAUUCCGUCCUUUCCACCCCUGUGCCAAAUACCAGCAGGACUUUUGUAUUUAUGUAUUUAUUGUUUGUAAACGCGUACAUACGUUAACUUAAAAUAUAAUAUAAAAAUAGC